GGUCGUCUCACUAUCAGGAUACAACACCUUCACAGGCCUCCUUUUCAAUGCUCGCACGUAUCUCUUUGAAUCUACGAUACAGUCGUUACUUUUUUUCAGAAUAUUACUUCGUCCCGCUACAAGAAUAUGCCAAAACAUGCCUCUCACGAACGCCGCCAUCUUUGCUACAACAGUAAGAAGAGAGAGCGAUAACGUUCGACAGUAUGACGAUUGGUUGGUUUAUACCAUUAUAAAGGGGAAUCGAUACCAGAGCAAUCGAUUGCAAGGCUCCUCAAUCGACGUAGACAAACUGAGCGUGAUAUAUAAUCGUAUAGUACAUAGCAAACUCACCGGGUGAACAUGGCUUUGAGUCGAGCCUUGCAUUUUGUUUUCAAAGUGGGUGACAGAAGCAAAACGGCCACCUUUUACCGAGAUGUGCUCGGCAUGAAGAUUUUGCGUCACGAAGAGUUUGAAGAAGGAUGCAAGGCCACUUGUAAUGGCCCUUAUGAUGGAAAAUGGAGCAAGACAAUGGUCGGCUUUGGUCCAGAAGAUGAUCACUUUGCGGCUGAGCUGACCUACAAUUAUGGAGUGGGAGAAUAUCGCCUUGGAAAUGACUUCCUGGGUCUGACUCUGCAGUCUAGCCAGGCUGUCAGUAAUGCUAAGCGGCUUGGUUGGCCCCUCACUGAGGUUGGAAAGGCCCUCUAUCUGGCUGAGGCUCCAGGAGGUUAUCGCUUCUACCUGGUGGACAAAGAACAGCCUCCUAAUGAUCCUGUACAGAAGGUGUGUCUGGCAGUGUCUGACCUGCAGAAAUCAACACACUACUGGUCCUCCCUUUUGGGGAUGAAGGUGAUAGAGAGACAUGAGGAGAAGACUGUGCUGAUGGGAUUCGCAGACACUCAGUGUAAACUAGAGCUUCACAACAUUGGUGGGACAGUAGAUCAUGGGACCGCCUUCGGGCGGAUAGCGUUCUCUUGUCCACGUGAGCAGUUGGCAGAUCUUGAAGCCCUGAUGACAAAAGAGAACCAGAAAAUCCUUACUCCCUUGAUUAGCCUGGACACCCCUGGGAAGGCAACAGUAGAAGUGGUCAUUUUGGCUGAUCCAGAUGCCCAUGAGAUCUGCUUUGUGGGAGAUGAGGCAUUCAGACAACUCUCCCAGAUGGACCCCAGUGGAAAUGCAUUGCUGGAUAAGGCUAUGGCUGAAGAUAAAAGCGAUGACUGGUUUGCCAAGCACAACAAGCAGAAGGCUUCAGCAUAAGUGCGAAGAACAUAGCUUAGCCAUCAUGGGUCUUCUGGACAUUUCCAACCUUUUGCCCCAUAUAUGGCAUUACCCUUCCAGCGGCACAAUGUCAGUAGAUUUUACUCAACCAGAAGUAUUAUUUUGAGAUGCUUAGAAUGAGACUGAAAGUGUAGCUGUAUUUGAGUCAUACUGUGGCAGACGCUUGAUGAUCAUAGACCACUUAUAUUAACCUUGUUUGUGUAUGCAUUGAAAAUAAUUGUACCUCUUCAGCUCAAUGACAUGAGUAAAACAUUAAUACUUGUGACUUCAUGAGAACAGUGCAUUUAUGGUGAAGAGUAAUAUCCAUGUGAAGUCCUCACACUGCCAAAUUGUAGGUAAAGUUUUGUGAAAUGUGCAGACCUUGGUUGAAAAAACAAUGAAAUGAGGGGUAUAUGCAUAUCUCUUGUGGUGUAGAA